AAAGGCUGGUGCGCCAGUGUGGCACGCUAUAGGCUGGAGGGAGGCAGCUGUUGCCAUUAUAUUAGCAGGCAGCUCCGAUACAUCAGCGGCUUCACCCUCCUCGACUAGAAAGAAGAAGAAAAAAAAGGAAAAGGAAGAAGAUGAGUCUGCGGACAACAUCGUAAACACACGAAACUGACAGUAGAGAAUUUAUUUCAAAAAGUGAAAUCCAAUGGUACAGAAAAGUAGUAUGUCCAGGACGCCUUCGACCUCAACCCAGGAGAUCCAAAUGGACAUGUUCGACCAUCAUCCACACACACAGGGAAAGUACGCCAAGAGGAAGAGCCGGUUCAAGCGCUCGGAUGGAAGCACCUCCUCUGACACCACCUCCAACAGCUUCGUCCGACAGGGCUCUGCAGACUCCUACACCAGUCGGCCGUCGGACUCGGACGUGUCCCUGGAGGAGGAUCCCGAGGCUCUGAGGAAGGAGGCCGACCGACAGGCUCUCGCCACACUCGAGAAAGCAAAGACCAAACCGGUGGCGUUUGCUGUUCGCACCAACGUCGGCUACAACCCCGGCCCCAGCGACGAUGUCCCCGUGCAGGGCAUGGCCAUCUCCUUCGAAGCCAAAGACUUCUUGCACAUUAAAGAGAAGUACAACAACGACUGGUGGAUCGGGCGCCUGGUGAAGGAGGGCUGCGAGGUGGGCUUCAUUCCCAGCCCGGUCAAACUGGAGAACACCCGCCUGCUGCAGGAGCAGAGGAUGAGACAGAACCGACUGAGCUCCAGUAAAUCUGGAGGAAGUUCUAGUCUGGACGUUGCCACGGGAACCCGCCGACCCACCCCACCUGGCACAGGUGGCCCGGCUAAACAGAAACAGAAGUCGAUGGAGCACGUCCCCCCCUAUGAUGUGGUUCCCUCCAUGAGACCCAUCAUCCUCGUCGGACCUUCACUCAAAGGCUACGAGGUGACAGACAUGAUGCAGAAAGCGCUCUUUGACUUCCUGAAACACAAGUUUGAGGGCAGGAUAUCCAUCACACGGGUGACAGCAGACAUCUCUCUGGCCAAACGCUCGGUCCUCAACAACCCCAGCAAACACACCAUCAUCGAGCGCUCCAGUACUCGCUCCAGCCUUGCUGAGGUGCAGAGCGAGAUAGAGCGUAUUUUCGAGCUGGCCCGAACCCUGCAGCUGGUCGCUCUGGAUGCAGACACCAUCAACCAUCCCUCUCAGCUGGCCAAGACCUCCCUGGCUCCCAUCAUUGUCUAUAUCAAAAUAGCCUCGCCCAAGGUUCUCCAGAGGCUCAUUAAGUCCAGGGGGAAGUCUCAGGCCAAACACCUAAAUGUGCAGAUGGUUGCAGCAGACAAGCUGGCUCAGUGCCCACCUGAACUGUUUGACAUCAUCCUGGACGAGAACCAGCUGGAGGACGCCUGCGAGCAUCUGGCCGACUACCUGGAGGCCUACUGGAAGGCGACGCACCCGCCGAGCAGCAACCCUCCCAACCCACUGCUGAACCGCACCAUGGCCACGGCAGCGCUGGCCGCCUCCCCCGAGCCCGUCUCCAACCUGCAGGGGCCGUACAUGGUGCACGGCGAGCAGAAGCGUGAAGGGCCUCUGACGGAGUGCGGCGGUAGCGGCACGCUGCACGACUACCAGACCGACCUGGACGGGAAACGUCAGCAGCAGCACCAGCAGCAGACGUACCUGCGCUCGUCCCGCGGUCAGCUGAGAGGAGGCAGCGGCCGAGGGCUGUCCCGGCAGGACACCUUCGACUCAGAGACCCAGGGCAGCCGGGACUCGGCCUACACCGAGGCCGGGGACUCCUGCAUGGACAUUGAGACCGACCCGUAUGAGGAGCCGGAGCCCUACCGAGGCGGCGGAGGGAGCCGCCUUCACCUGGCGCAGCACCACGGCAGACAGGCCUCCUGGGAGGACGAGGGCGCCGAGCCGGACCAGGAGAACCUCAACCACCCCCCGAUGCCGAGCCAGACACAGCCGCACGGUCGGGCCAAGCUGAGGGAGCGUUACUGCCAGGAACCGGUGGAGACGGGCGCCAACAUGAGCCGCAACAAGAACCAGGACGACUGGGGGAGGGAUGUCUACAUCCGCUGAACCCGGUGGCAGACUGAGGACAGACGGGGAGGUUCGGGGCCACGCCGGUCAGGCCAACAAAAAACCUGUUUACAUCCCAGUACAAUGUAAAGAAAUCCAUCAACUGCCAGAUGCCAUCUUCUUGCAAUUUCUUUAUGUUUAGAAAAACUACUAUUGGUCUGUUUCUUUUUGUUUCCUAUGUUAAUACUGCAUGAAUAUCAUGGAUUUCUCUACUGACAGCACGAGGACAGUAAUUGUGAAUCCUCCAGUUGUAGAGUGAAGUGAAGGCUGGUAGAAACCGUCAUGUCCGUCCUCUGCAGUCUUAAACAGGGUCUAACGUCGCCGUCCCCAUGUGUGAACAGCGUCAGGGUUUCUCUUAAUCACUGCUUUUAGCUUCUUUCAGGGUUUUUCCUCCUAGAACUGAGAUCCAGAAAUCUCUCACCUCCACUCUGUUAUCACCCAGACCUUAAAAAGAAAAGAAAAAAGAAAGCUGGUGGAGAAGUUGCCAUAUUUAAAACAAAAUUUAUCAACGUUGGCAAAGAAAACACUCCAAAGAUGUUUACUUCCUCCCUGAACCUGGCUCAUGUCCGACCCCAUCUCCUUCUUCUUUCUCGGGUGCUGAGUUCACCUGCAGUAUUCACCUGUCGUCUGUUUGUUUAUUUUUGGUAGUUUUUUUUGAGUUUUCGUGUGAAUGAAGCGUCCUGCCUUAUAGUCGCACCGUUAUUUCAAGAAAAAAAAACUCCAAUCACAAGUGCCGGAAUGUCUCGCCAAGCCAUGUCCACCAGCUGCCACGGUGGGACGUCUUAACUCUCGUUACACUCGUUUUCAUACCAUUUCUUUGUGUCUUUGUGAGUCCCAGCGUGCCGCCUGUCUCCUUUUCUUUGCUUCGUCGUCUGUUAUUUAGGGUUUUUUUUUCUUUCUCGUCAGGGCUGAUGGUUGUAUUAAAAGUACUCGUGUGUGUGGUUCCCAGAUUCCACCCCAACAGCUUAGCUUGUCUGAUAUUAGAUACCACUCUCUUCUAACUCUUGAUUUCUGACUGCAUUAGUGUCGUUUUUUUCUUUCCUGUGAACAUUUGCAAUCUCCUUUUUGUUUUUUAAAAUCUUCGGUUCUUUGUGAGGUAGUGAAAGGAGUAUCAAAGCGGGGAGGGGGGUUCUAGGAUCAGCUUUUUGGUCUUUACUCUGGUUUAUCUAUAAUGGAGAAUCCAUGAAUGUCUUUGGUGGGCCGCCGCGGCAUUUCCACCCUGUCUUCAGCUGAAUAAAUAAAUAUUAAAUAAUGAUCGGUAAAUAAUGUUAUUGUUGCGUUAUCGCAAUUGUUAAAAAUUAUGAAAUAACAUGUAUCAUUGGUGCCUGAUUGUAGCUACAUUUUGCUUUUUCUGCCUUUCAUUUUUAAUCUGUGGAUAAAUUCGUAUUUUAAUUAAAAAUUUAAUGACAAAAAAUGGCAUUGUGUCGCUUUAAAUGGUUCAGUAAGAAGCACGGAUUCCAAAGAUGCUGAAUGUACUCGUGUUAACUUGAUAUUCACUAGUAAAGCUGCUGUUUUUUUUUCUUUUCUGGAAAUCAUUUUAAGUUUAUUCAGUUUAGAAACAAGAGGUCUCCUGCUGCCUUAAAAAACUGAGUUAUCUGCACCUUUAAUUAACUUAAAGUCAUUUUUUGAGUUGUGAAAGUGUAAAACUGGCUGGCAACCUUUUGUUUUCGAGAAAUACGAAAAGAAAGACCUUGUCCAAAUUUACACCACGUCUGUUUUCUCAAAUUCUACAAGAAAUGCAUGAUGGGAAAUCUGAUUAACUGCUAGUUUUAUUUCUUAUGAACCAAAAUUUCAUGAGUUUGCAGAAAUUAAAACUGUUCAUUCAUUCAA